AGUCUGAAUAAAUCGUUACUAAAGAACACACGCCUCUUUCUGUCAAAAUCAAGUAAAUCAACAGUGUACCUUAAGAACACAAACAUAUGGUCCAUUUUCGAGCCGAAUAGAAGCGAUCGGAGAACGGUCGACGACGCUGCCGCGAGAACAAAAGACUGCAUUCCUUUAGAGAUAAGACGGCCGAGUUAUUGAAAAGCAACACUGUUUUGCAAGAUUUGUGUUUCAUCACUUUACUUUCGAUAAAUUUAAUCGUGGUGUACAAUGACUACGGAAGUUUUAAAAGCGUUAAGUACUGUAGAAGACAUUGCACAAAUAUUAAAGAAGACUCAAGUAAACCUAAAAAAAUGUCCUAAAGCAAGAUUAACUCCUAUUUAUGCCGAAGCGCGUCUUAAGUGUGUCGAAGAAUAUUGGAUGGAUUAUAGAAAAGCUUAUGGUGAUAUAAUUAGUCACACCCCAAAAGAGAAAAGAGAUUUGGUGCCGUACUUUGCAAAGGAGGAAUUUUACGAACACGAAGAGUUAUAUAUUACGUUAAAGGCGGAGCUACAAGAUAUUAUAACUUCUCAACCAAUUAAUACAUCCAUACCAAUUAUGAGUGAAUGUCAACAACCACGCGUCGUGUUACCCAAUAUACAAAUUCCAACUUUUAGUGGGCAAUAUGAAGAUUGGUCAUCAUUUUACGAUUUGUUUAAUACGCUCGUCCAUAAUAACGGGUCAUUGAGUAAUGUUCAACGGCUCCAUUAUUUGAAGACAAGCCUUACAGGAGAAGCUGCUUUGGUUUUGAAGCACAUACAGGUAACGGAGUCUAAUUACGAGCAGGCAUGGAAUUUAUUGAAAGGUCGAUACGGUAACAAACGUAUGACUGUGAAUGCGAUUAUGAAGAGGUUAUUUUCUCAGAAAAGGAUGACAGUUAAUUCGUCGAGUCAAAUUAAACAUUUACUAGACACAACUUUUGAAUGUUUACAUCAUUUGAAAAAUGUAAAUGUGACAACUGACAAUUGGGACACACUUGUUAUAUUUGUUAUUGUGCAAAAAUUAGAUCCAGAUACACACAAGGACUGGGAGGAGCACGUGAGUAACAGUUGUCAUGAUCCAGAAAGCCUACCGUCGCUCGAAAUGUUUCGAAAAUUUUUGGAAAGCCGUUUCCGUACGAUGGAACUAAUAGAACCUCAGAAACAAAAAACAAAUACCAUACGAGAAAAAUCUUUUCAUAGUUCAAUUUCUGAGAAGGUCUGUAUCAUGUGCAAGGAAGGUCACAAAUUGUGUCAUUGUAAAGAAUUUGGCAAAAUGCAACCAACAGAAAGAGGUGAAUAUGCAAAAAAGAACAAUUUAUGCUUUAACUGCUUAGGAGCGGGUCACUCCGCAACAAAAUGUCGCAUACCGUUGACUUGCCGCAUCUGUCGCAAACGUCAUCAUUCGCUCUUACAUCAAGCAAAGCAAGAAGUCACACUGGGUCAAACGAGCAACUCACAACCAGUGUCACAAUCACAUGUAAGUGUAGAGGAGCCAGUUGAAGUCAACAUGAUGAUUGCUUCACAUUUUACUGCUAAAAGCAAUAUAGCUCUCUUAGCAACGGCAGAAGUGAUUGUACGAAGCACGCAAGGUCAUACAACAAUUUUGAGGGCCCUUGUCGACCAAGGCUCUCAAGCAUCCUUUAUAAGCGAAAGGGCAGCACAACGCCUUAAAACCACACGGCAAUCAGUCAAGGGAAAUGUAGUUGGCGUAGGAUCUACAAGUGUUGGCAUAAAACAAGUAGUGCAGUUGGAACUACAAUCACGUUGGGAUUCAACCUUUAGUUUAGAAAUACAAGCUUACGUGAUGCCCAAGCAACUAACUACUAAGAUACCUACCAAAACUAUAAUAUCAAACAAUUGGCCACAUAUAGAUGGACUCAACCUGGCAGAUCCUAGAUAUCAUAUACCAGGUUCAAUCGACUUACUUCUAGGUGUUAGAGAAUAUGCGCAAAUAUUACAACAAGAGCUUAUCAAAGGUCCGCCAGGCACGCCAUGUGCUCAAAGAACCAACCUGGGCUGGAUUUUAUUUGGAGAUAUAAAUACAAAUACACAAGAAAAUGACGUUUUAGUUCUACAUCAUCAAGUAGAUGUUGAAGAAUUACUGAAGACAUUGUGGGAAAUAGAUACAGAUCCGAAGAGAAAACUUACCAAAGAAGAAAGAAUUUGUGAAGAAAUUUAUGAAAAGACUUAUUCUAGAAGAGAAGAUGGAAGAUAUAUAGUCAAGUUACCAUUCAAAACAGAAAGCCCGAAAUCAACCGAAGGAUUAACACGCCAAACAGCAUUAAACAGAUUAAUACAGUUAGAGAGAAGAUUUCAAAGGUCACCCCAGUUAAAAAAAGAAUAUAUUGAAGUUAUUGAAGACUACAAAAGGUUAGGUCACAUAGAAGAGGUACCAAUAAAUGAAAUACAAACAAAAAGGACGGUGUAUCUGCCACAUCACCCUAUUUUGCGUGAAGACAAAGAAACCACAAGAAUACGUGUAGUCUUUGAUGCUUCGUGCAAAGGAUCUAAUGGAGUUUCACUGAACGACGAACUGUUAAUGGGACCGGUCAUUCAAGAAGAUCUUCGAAGCAUAAUCAUGCGAUGGCGAUUACACUGUUUUUGCUUUGCAUCAGACAUUCAGAAAAUGUAUAGAAUGAUAUUAGUAACCAAGGACGACAGAGAUUACCAGAGAAUCUUAUGGAGAAGUGACACUUCGCAAGAAGUUAAAGAUUACCGGUUACUUACAGUUACCUUCGGAACAACGUCAGCACCUUACCUGGCAGUAAGAACGCUAACGCAACUGGCAUUUGACGAAGGAGAUAAAUAUCCAGAAGCUGCUCAGAUCCUUCGAGAAGACUUUUACGUAGACGAUGUUUUAUCGGGUGGCGAUACAGUAGAAGAAGUCAUAAAAAUCAGUCAACAGCUAAAAUCUCUACUUAAAAGUGGUUGCUUCGAACUCAAAAAAUGGUCUUCCAACAGUGUCGAAUUCAUGAAGUCAAUAGAACCAAAUGAAAGAUCUUCCAAAGCACACAUAGAUCUCAAAAUGGAUGGAAAAAUUAAGGCUUUAGGUAUUCUUUGGAACCUAGCCACUGAUGAAUUUUGCUAUAACUUUCAUCUCCCUGAAAAUUUAUCAAUUGUAACAAAAAGAACCGUCCUGUCAGAUCUUCAAAAAAUAUACGAUCCUUUGGGAUGGAUUGCACCGAGUGUCAUCAUGGCGAAAAUGUUUGUACAAAAAUUAUGGCUGGAAGGAGUUGCAUGGGAUGACAAAAUAAGCUCCAUCCUCGAAACAGAAUGGUUGACAUUACGAGCAGACUUCCAGCGCAUCAACGAAGUAUCCAUACCAAGAUGGUUGCACACAAUGAAGUGUAACAAACAACAGAUACAAAUUCACGGUUUUUGCGACGCAUCAUCACGUGCUUAUGGAGCAGCCGUAUAUUGCAGAGUUGUGAAACUCGACGGUACUAUAAAGACAGCUCUCCUUGCAGCGAGAACAAGAGUGGCCCCUUUGAAAACCGUGACUUUGCCACGCUUAGAGCUUUGCGGAGCUGUUCUACUCUCCAAACUUCUUAAACAAAUCGGUCUGGCAAUGAGAAUACCAUCAGCUCAAAUAUACGCGUGGACAGACUCGUCAAUAGUUCUGUCGUGGUUGUCUGGUGCACCUAAUAGAUGGAAACAAUUUGUUGCCAACAGAGUUAUAGAAAUAACCGAUAAUGUUAACAAUAGUCAGUGGCACCAUGUACUAUCUCUUGAUAACCCCGCCGAUAUUGUAUCCAGAGGCAUGUUAGUGACGGAAUUAAGACAGUGCAAGUUGUGGUGGGAAGGGCCAAAAUGGCUUUCUAGAGAUAAAAUAAGAUUUGAAAGACCGAACAUAGUACCAAUAAAUUUAGAAGCAAAAGAAACAAUUUUAGUAAAUUUGAAGAUAGAAACUAAAGAACAAAAUGAAUUAACUUUGACAAAAAAAAUCACAAAUUUUAAUACUUUAAAUGAAUUAUUAACAACAAUAACAUUAUGUAAAAGAUUCCUAAACUACAAGAAACACUCUGAUAUCAGUAUUCCAAUAACAACAAAUGAAUUAGAAGAUGCAUUAAUUUUGUGUAUUAAGAUUGUUCAAAGAGAAGAUUAUGAAGAAGAAAUAGAAUCUUUGAGAAAAAAUAAACAAAUAAAAGGAAACAGUAAACUAAAGAGUUUGAAUCCUUUCUUAGAUGAAAAUAAUAUUCUCAGGGUGGGCGGAAGGCUAAGACUUGCUGAUUUAGCAGAAUGUAGUAAACAUCCCAUAAUCCUAAGCAAUAAGAACAGUCUUACACCUUUAAUUAUAGGUGAUGCACAUAAAAGGACACUGCAUGGAGGUGUACAGUUGAUGCUGUCUUACAUAAGAUCAAAAUAUUGGAUAGUGAGAGCAAAGGGCUUAGUCAAGAAACACAUUCAUAAAUGUUUAGUAUGCGCUAGACAAAGCGCCACAACCAGAACCCAAAUAAUGGGAGAUCUACCACAAGUGCGAGUGACUCCAAGUCGAGCCUUUUUAUAUAGUGGAGUCGACUUUGCUGGCCCUCUUCAAGUUCUAACAUCCAAAGGCAGAGGUGCCAAGACUCACAAGGCCUAUAUAUCAAUUUUCAUCUGUAUGGUUACCAAAGCUAUACACCUAGAAUUGGUGGGAGACAUGACGUCAGAAGCAUUUAUAGGAGCAUUUAGACGAUUUGUGGCAAGGAGAGGAAAAUGUAUUCAUUUAUACAGUGAUCAGGGCAGAAAUUUUGUUGGAGCGAAUAAAGAAUUAACACAAGCUUGGAAGGAGGCUUGUGCAGAAUUUACUGGUCAUGUUGCAGCACGUCUUGUUUCCGAAGGCACACAAUGGCACUUUAUUCCUGCUUACAGUCCUAAUUUCGGUGGCCUUUGGGAAGCAGGCGUUAAAUCAAUAAAACACCACCUUAAAAGAAUUUUGUCGACUAAUUUAACGUUUGAAGAGAUGACCACCCUCUUGUGCCAAAUUGAGGCUUGCCUCAAUUCUCGUCCUUUAUGUCCAGUGGAUGAAUCCGAUACUGAUCAAAUUGAGCCUCUUACACCUGGACAUUUUUUGAUUGGAGAAGCCCCAAUUACUAUUCCCUCUCCAAGUUUAAAGGAAGUUAAAGUGCACUAUUUAACACGAUGGCAACAUACACAAAAGCUGUUGCAUGAUUUCUGGUCACGCUGGCAAGCAGAAUACCUCUCCAGGCUUCAACAGAGACCGAAGUGGCUAAAGCAAAGGAAGGAACUGGAGAGAGGAGACAUAGUGCUAAUCAAGUCGGACAAUCUCCCUCCUGGGAAAUGGGCUCUAGGACGAGUGACAGACAAACACCCUGGCCCGGAUGGAGUGACCAGAGUGUACAGUGUAAAAAGUGGUGAUAGUGUUGUUAAAAGAACUGUAACAAAAUUAUGUUUACUACCUAUUGAUUCUCAACCAUAAAUAUGUUUAUAUUAUUAUUGUAAAAGCAUGGAAUAGGUUCGCGUUUUAUAAAAAUAAUUUUAUAAUGAAAACUCAAUUUUCAUUUUCUUCUUUUAUUUGAUAAAGGACUUAGUAGUCCUUUGGUGGGCGGUAUGUUAGGUUUAUUUACUCGAACAUACACAUGUACAUACAAAGAGACAUAAAUAUUAUAAACAUACAUCAAUGCAUAAUAUACGUACACGUAACAAAUGCUCACAAACACAUACAUAAUAAUACGUAUACCACUCCUAAUCCAUGCUUAGCGAAUUUAAAGGCUAAUUGUUUAUUUUACAAAUGCAGUCUGAAUAAAUCGUUACU